UGUCAAAAGAGUACUAUUAUUUAUGUUUAUGUUGAUAAUCUAAUAGAAUAUAGUUAUCUAAUUUAUAACAAUGAAUACAAAAGCAAUUGUUAUCCCUGGAGAAGCCCCAGAAUCUGACGAAGAAACUCGAGAAAUCCCAAUUGGUUUUACAUUUAAAUAUAUGAAAAAUAAUGCGGGAAAAAUAAUUUCUGGAGAAGCAACCGAAUCAGAUGAUGAUGGUGCAAGCUGGAGUAGUGCAAGUGCAGCAUUUGAAGUAACAACUUGUCCUCCUUACAUGGAUACAAGAUUACCAAGUUCAAAAAGAAAUGUUAUUAAAUAUAAUAGUCUACUUCAUAAAAAACUAUAUGAGUGCAAUGAAUCACUAAGAACCAAUGUAAUUAGUGUAGCUGAAGAUACCAUAACGAACGGUGUCCAAGAGCUUAUGGGAAUUAAUAAGCAGUUGGUAAAAAGUGAACUCACUGUCCAAGAAGCUGCUUGUCAACUAAGAAAUGCAUCAGCUCGAUGGAAUGAAGCAUCCAGUAGUCUUUUCCAACUUAUAGAUACUAAUUUUCUUAAUACCAUUAGAACGUAAAUGCUCAAUGAUAUGUAAGAUAACAAAACAUCACAAGUAUAACAAUUCUUGAUAAUUUUAUACUACUUCUAAAGUUAUUAUUAUUACAAAGUUAACUAAUUUUUAAUUUUAUGUUUACUAUAUAUAAUUAGCUGUCAGCCAGCGAUGCGAGACAUUAAAUUUAAUUAAAUGUUAAACAUUUCAGCAGUUAUUAUUGAGCAUCAAUUGGAUUGGUAUUUAUUUCAAUUAAUUGGUGGCAGUACACUUUGCUAGAUCUGUUUACUAACAACCCAUAAUUAUGACUUAGUUACCGUUAAAUGUAUGAAUCUUUUGUAAAUUGAUUUUAUCUUACGCAUCAUAAUAAAUUUAUGGAUAAUUUGUUAUCGUAUAUAU